AUGGGCAAUUCCCUAUCGAAUUCAGCACUAUUUCGUCCUACCGAACCAAGUUAUGAUGAUGACUUGAAAAACCUAAUAUUUAUUCCCGAGUUAAUGAAUAUUGAUAUAAACAGAUUUUGGGAUGAUAAAACAUUUGAAAUAUUUAAUAAAGAAGAGAAUACAAAAGAAUUAAAUAAAAAAAAAUUUCCCGCUCUGUUUUUAUACAACUCGAAAAAAUUAAAAACUAAACAUACUAUCAUGUAUUUUCAUAGCAAUUCUUGUGAUUUAGGACAAAUAUAUGAUGAGUUACAAAACUUAUAUAAACAUCUACAUGCAAAUAUUUUAGCAAUAGAAUAUGUCGGAUUUGGUUUAUGUUACUUGGAAGGUUCUACUAAUCAGUACAAUAUUAACCGACGAGCAUUGGCUGCAUAUUAUUUUUUAAGAUCUUUAAAUUUAAAAAGUGAAAAUAUUAUACUGUUUGGUAGAUCAAUAGGUACAGGUGUUGCUACUAAAUUAGCAUAUAAUUUAAAAUUGCUUGGAAAUUUUGUAGGAGGAAUUAUAUUACAUUCGCCAUAUAUAUCUAUUGAAAAAUUAGUUGAGGAAUAUUUUUCUUAUUCUUCUUAUAUUAUUGAAAAUAUAUAUGAUAAUUUUAAAAAUCUGUCAAUUCUUAGUAACAACGAUGAUUCUGAUACUCCGUUCUUACUUAUACAUGGAAAAGAAGAUGAAGUAAUAAGUGUAUCUCAUUCUGAAUAUCUCAUGAAAAAUUUGAAUAAUAAGUUCAAAACAGCUUCUUAUCCUAGUGAUUCCUACCAUAAUUAUUACUAUGUCAUUGACGACCUUGGUGUACCCAUCAAGACAUUUCUGGACACCUCGAGCAAAUCGCGGUAUGAAAGUAGUGUCGACAUUAUUGUUCCAAAGUCCUUUUUUAAAAAAGAGCUAACUACAUACCGAAUAAAUUAUAUCAGAGCAGAUGAACAUGAAAAGAAAAAGGAUGGAAAUUUGAAAAAAGCAGAUAAUACAUUGUACCUUCAACAAAUAAGAAAAGAAAAAAAGAAAGGAGUAAUCAAUACAAUAAAUAAUAAUAAAAGUGAUAAAAGUGAUAAAAGUGAUAAAAGUGAUAAAAGUGAUAAAAGUGACAAAAGUGACAAAAGUGACAAAAGUGACAAAAGUGACAAAAGUGACAAAAUGAAUAAAAGUAUGAAUAGAGUUCAAAGAUUGGCUGAGGAAUAUUCAAAGAAACUGGAUGCUAAUCAGAAAGAAAAAAGUAGUGACACAAUAGGUAAAAUAAAUAAGUAUGGGAGUCCUACAAAUAAAGAUAAAUAUCACAAAAAUAAAGGUAUACCUUGUAUGGAUAAAGAAGUAGACACAGAUGUUAGCAGAGAAGGAAAAAUAAAACAAAAGAAAUAUAUUGAUCAUAAUUUAUUAAAUAUAUCACAAAAAGGAAAAAUUAAAACAGAACAUAAUCAACAAAUAUGUUCCUCUGAACAAAGCGAUUCAAAAAGUGACACUCAAAAAGAAAAAAAAAAUUUUUAA